GUCCGAAAACUGCAAAACGCAGAUAAGAAUUCAAAAUCGAGCAGAGGUUCGAAGUUGCUUAUUGAAUUCUUAUUGUCAUACUUGAUAUUUAAACUUAACAGUACCAAAACAGCAAGUUAAUUUGGAAGAAGAUCGGAUUACAGUAAAUUCUUUAAAUCAACGCUGAAGCAGUUUUUCUUUCCUCAAUGAAACCUGUUCUGACAUGUCUUACACUGAAUUGGAACAUGGUUAUCAGGGUUUACGGAAUGCCACUCGACCAAUUUUUUAUGUAGGAGACAUAAACACGGUACAACCAACCCUUGUGGGUCCUGUUGCUUCUUCUAUAUAUCGUUCAUCAAAAAGAGCCGAGCUGUCGGACGGGUGUAGCAAUGAUGAUAGUUGCAUGGGUGGUAAUGAUUUGGAAGGGGAAGGAAAACAAGUUCUGGUUGGAGUCUGUGCGAUGGCCAAAAAGUCGCAAAGUAAACCGAUGAAGGAAAUUUUAACAAGAUUAGAAGAAUUUGAAUACAUUAAAAUAAUAGUAUUUCCUGAAGAAGUUAUUUUAAAGGAAUCGGUAGAAGAUUGGCCAAUUGUUGAUUGUUUAAUAAGUUUUCAUAGUAAGGGUUUUCCUCUUGACAAAGCUAUAAAUUAUGCUAAUCUUAGAAAUCCUUUUAUUAUCAAUAAUUUACCAAUGCAAUAUGAUAUCCAGGACCGCAGAAGAGUUUAUGCCAUCUUAAGUAGCGAGGGUAUUGAAAUUCCAAGAUAUGCUGUUCUGGAUAGAGAUUCUUCUGAUCCAAAACAUCAUGAAUUGGUGGAAUCAGAAGAUCAUGUGGAAGUUAAUGGUGUUACGUUCAAUAAACCAUUUGUGGAAAAGCCAGUAUCCGCUGAGGAUCAUAAUAUUUAUAUUUAUUAUCCUACAUCUGCAGGAGGAGGCAGUCAGAGGUUAUUCAGAAAGAUCGGAAGUCGUAGUAGUGUAUAUUCACCAGAAUCCCGGGUACGCAAAACAGGCUCAUACAUUUACGAAGAUUUUAUGCCUACUGAUGGCACAGAUGUUAAAGUUUAUACCGUGGGUCCGGAUUAUGCCCAUGCGGAAGCAAGAAAAAGUCCUGCGCUAGACGGAAAAGUUGAAAGAGAUUCGGAAGGAAAAGAAAUUCGCUAUCCUGUUAUAUUAAGCAAUGCCGAAAAACUAAUCAGUAGAAAAGUGUGUUUAGCUUUCAAACAAACGGUUUGUGGUUUCGACUUGCUCAGGGCAAAUGGUCAAUCAUUCGUGUGUGAUGUAAAUGGAUUCAGUUUUGUAAAAAACUCAAAUAAAUAUUACGAUGACUGUGCUAAGAUUUUAGGAAAUAUGAUUCUAAGGGAGUUAGCACCUACUUUGCAUAUUCCGUGGAGUGUUCCCUUUCAGUUGGAUGAUCCACCUAUUGUACCCACUACAUUCGGAAAAAUGAUGGAAUUACGUUGUGUUGUUGCUGUUAUAAGACACGGGGAUAGAACUCCAAAACAGAAAAUGAAAGUGGAAGUUCGACAUCCAAAAUUUUUUGAAAUAUUUGCAAAAUACGAUGGUUAUAAACAUGGUCAUAUUAAAUUGAAACGGCCUAAGCAGUUACAAGAGAUUUUAGAUACCGCGCGUAGUCUAUUAGCUGAAAUACAACAUCGAGCCGCGGGGCCAGAAUUAGAAGAAAAGCAAGGAAAACUUGAACAACUAAAAAGCGUUUUAGAAAUGUACGGUCACUUCUCAGGAAUAAACCGCAAAGUACAAAUGAAAUAUCAACCAAGAGGACGACCAAGGGGAAGUUCCUCGGAUGAUGGUACAAAGAAUCGACUUGGAGAACCAUCGCUUGUCUUGAUCCUAAAAUGGGGUGGAGAAUUAACACCAGCUGGUCGAAUUCAAGCAGAGGAGUUAGGAAGAAUAUUUCGCUGCAUGUACCCUGGUGGUCAAGGUAGACACCUUAGUGAGGAAGACUCAGAGAUGUUACCAAACCACGGUGACUAUGCUGGUGCUCAAGGUUUGGGUUUACUUCGACUUCAUUCGACUUUUCGUCACGAUUUGAAAAUUUACGCAAGCGAUGAAGGAAGAGUUCAGAUGACAGCAGCUGCUUUUGCAAAAGGUUUACUCGCAUUAGAGGGCGAAUUAACGCCCAUAUUAGUACAGAUGGUUAAGAGCGCCAAUACUAAUGGUCUCUUGGACAAUGAUUGUGAUAGUAGUAAAUAUCAAAAUAUGGUAAAAACACGACUCCAUGAAUUAUUACAACAGGAUAGAGAAUUUACUCGCGAAGAUCGGGAACAAAUAAACCCUGGGAAUGCAUUGAGUAUUAAUGCAGCCAUGGAUUUUGUUAAAAACCCUGUUCGAUGUUGUCAACACGUACAUAUUUUAAUCCAAAAAUUAAUGGAUAUUGUGCGCAUUAAAAAAGAUGAUCCGAAGACUAAAGAUGCAAUUCUUUACCAUGGAGAAACAUGGGAAUUAAUGGGCCGUCGGUGGGGAAAGAUUGAAAAAGACUUCUGUACCAAACAUAAGAGAUUCGAUAUAUCAAAAAUUCCGGACAUUUAUGAUUGUAUAAAAUAUGAUUUGCAACAUAACAAUCAUACAUUGCAAUUUGAGCAUGCAGAAGAAUUGUAUAUUUAUUCCAAAUAUUUGGCAGACAUUGUUAUACCCCAGGAAUAUGGAUUAACGGUGCAAGAGAAACUUACAAUAGGGCAAGGUAUUUGCACUCCUCUUCUAAAAAAGAUAAGAGCGGAUUUGCAAAGAAAUAUUGAAGAAUCAGGAGAAGAAACGGUUAAUAGGCUCAAUCCAAGGUACUCUCAUGGAGUUUCGAGUCCUGGUCGUCAUGUACGCACAAGACUUUACUUUACAAGUGAAAGUCAUGUACAUUCAUUGUUAACAGUUUUGCGUUACGGUGGUUUACUUGAUGUAAUGAAAGAUGAGCAAUGGCGCCGGGCUAUGGAGUAUGUUAGCAUGGUUUCUGAAUUAAACUAUAUGUCACAAAUUGUAGUUAUGUUAUACGAAGAUCCAACUAAGGAUCCCAGUAGCGAAGAACGUUUUCACGUUGAAUUACAUUUUAGUCCCGGUGUUAAUUGUUGCGUGCAAAAGAAUUUGCCACCGGGACCGGGCUUUAGACCUCAUUCGCGCAACGAAAGUAGUCAUAAUAUUGGUGAAAGUGGUGGUGGUUCUGCUCAAGAUACUAUUUCUCAAUGUAGCGCACGAAUAGAAGAAGAAGAUGUAGAACUAGGAAUUUUGGAAGAUGAUUUCAUGAAUCCGUCGAUACAAUCCGAUACACCUCCUCCAGUGAUGGAAACAGAUGUCACAGAUUUAACUAUGGAUAGUCCAACAACUAGCAGAGCUGUUGAUAUGAUGGAUCUAGAUCCUAAUAUGAUGGAUGAACCAUUUGAUAGUGGUUUCUUGCAAAGUUCGGCACCAAUUCCAAUAAGUGCUAGAACUGUAGCGGGCCAUGAAGCAGCUAGACUUGGUAGCCAAUUAGCUGCUAGUCAACGUCAACGACGGAACGCAGAGAGAGGUGGAAUUGUUGAACCACGUGCACGUAGUUACGAUCAUCAAAGACAAGAUAAAGCUGAAAAAGCUGCGGACAAGCUGCAGUAUCAGAGCUUGGACGCGGUCAACAAAGAAGGAGAGCAUGCUACAGAGUGUCGAACACAGAGAUCUAGCCAGGCUUUGCUGCACGUGCCAAUGGGAAAGUCAGUGGCUUUGUCGCACUCCUUCAGUUCACCAGAGUUACCUGUUCCUUCGACUGAAACCUUUACUUCAACACCUUUGGUGACUUUACAUAAUACUCCCCUAGUUUCACCGAACAGCAGGACUUCGGAUAUCACGAAUAUCGUGCUCCCAGUUCCCACAGUUCGUUCUUCGACAUGUCUUGAUACCGAUUCUGAAGAGACUCGACCUCGGCCACGUUCUCAAAGUAAGAAAUACGGACGUUCCCAUACAGAAAUGAUUCUUCCCUGCGUCGAAUGUAACGGUGAGUUGAGCGAUCCUAUGAAGCUGCCACGAAACAAUCCGUGGCCAAAGUCUUCCCUUUCGUUAUCCUGUCACGAAAGAAUCCGAGAUACCGCAAAAGGGCGAAUCGAAACCGAGAAACGAUCUCGUUCGUUGUCUCCCUACCUACCCAGAUGUCUUUGUUAUAACUGUAAUGUAUCAGAGCUGAUAUUGCGGAGCAGAGAACUACCACCUGUGGAACGUUCCAAUUUCGACACCUACUUCGCUCGCUCGCUGUCGCAUAAGUUUUUUAAUUGUUCCUGUUACUUAAACUUACGUCAGGACGAAUCUACUUGUUCCUCUUGCAGCGUUUCUUCCAAUGACAGUUAUGGAAAUGUCAAUGAAUCUCGACAAUCGGUCAACUUUGAUCUAGACGUUGGGUUAUUCCAUGCAUAUCAUAAAGGACAACGUUCUGUGUUCCUUGAAAGAGAGAUUCCUAAUUCUUAUUGCUCAGAGUCUGCGUCUAGUGAACCUUCUGUGUGUAAACGUCAGAUAUCCAAGGAAAAGCAGAAGUGGAGACCCAACAUGAAAGUAACUAAACGGAUGUUUAAUGGUGGAUCUGUUGUUGAGAAUAACCGUACGCCAACCAGAACGAUAUCCUGUCCCAAUUUGUCUGUAUCUGAUAUCCCUCCUCUUGUCAGUUCACUUUGUUCGAUUAAAAGUUCCUCAGCCAGCUGUUCUCGGACACGCAGACAUCGAUCUUGUACUAAUGUGAGUCUCCAACGGCACAGUAGUCUGGUAGAAGUACCAGAUCAUAGUAGUAUGCUUUAUCAUACGUCCUCUGUGCACAAUAAUGAUGUUCACAACUAUCACGAUAUUCCUCGCAAAUCUAACUAUCGUACCAAGUGUCCACGUGCACCGUUCUCCCGACUCCAGCCUCAACGAUCCUUCUCAUCUCCAGACACACGACCUUCAAUCAUUCAACCUGACCCUACCUGCACAGCAAGGCGCCACCGUCACAGUAUCUCCGGACAGAUGAGUUAUUUCAAGCUGUUGGGCUACAACAUCAACAAGAAGCUAACUGGAUCAGCGAACAGUUUGUUCAGCACCGCAGUUAUCAGUGGAUCCUCAAGUGCCCCGAAUCUAAAGGACAUGGUACCUCCUCAUGCAUCCGCUGUUGCUGCCAUAGAUGGUUUCGGCGGUGUACCUCCAAUAAGACCUUUGGAGACACUUCACAAUGCACUAUCACUACGUCAGUUGGAUUCUUUCUUGGAAAUGAUGACGAGUGCUCCCUUGUUUCGAACACCUGCUUCUUCGCCUCCAAAAUAUCCGUCGCCCGCUGGAUCAACGCACGAAUCCGUUAAUCAAACACUCGGUAUUGGUGGAAUCAGUCGCGAGUACCACUCUUCCGACCUGGAAGCUGUCAGGUACCGUAAGAAAUUAAGUAAACCACCAUUAUACAUCACACCGACUCCUAUACAAUACAAAUCUUCAAACGACGGAGAAACUUGCGACAUUAGAAAUCAAUUAUCUCCAACUAGUCCUAACAGUACUGGAUGGAAUAGUGAACCACAAUCGUUUCUAUCAUCUGAACCUUCGUCUCCUGCUCCAACUUCAACAGGAGAGUGUAGUAUGUCCAUAAGUCUAAUUAGCAACGAAGGAGUACAGUCUUUUAACACGGGAGCUAAAUUUCCUACGACUCCUUGUCUGGAUGUUGAUUUCAACGAAUUUUGCAUGAAUAUUGAUCAAGAUCAUAGAGAAAGUCGUGGUAGUGUGUCAUAUACGGAUUAUUAUAGCAACGAAGACGGUCAAAUUCGGAAAUGUGGUUUUGGAGCCGGUUUUGGUAGUAAUUUUCAGAAAAUCAUACGCACCGAUGAUCUUCCUAUUGAUAAUAUCGAUGACGACGAAGACCAUACAAUAACAUUAAAGCAAACUGAAGAACAAAAGAAACAGGAUGUUAAAGAAAUAUUUGAACAAAAGGAGAAUCUGAAUAUAAAGUCUAAUAGUUACAAGAAAAUUGGACGAUUUCUUGUUGAAAGUAUGGAUAUAUCGGAUGAAGACGUCAGGAUCAAAGAAGUGGACGCUAUAUUUGACAAAGUAAAGCCGUCCAUCUCUCAGAAAGCUGAAUCUUCUAAUGCAGAAAAAGGUCAGAAAAAUAAAGAUAAAAGUACAGAAAUGAUUCAAGACCAAAAAAAAACCCACCCUCCUAACAGUCAUAAGAGGAAAAUUUUUUCUCGGUCGCAAAGUGUUUCUGCGCCAAAAGCGGUUGUAUCAAAGGCUGAAACGAACUUCAGUUAUAAAUGCACAUCCAAAUUAAGCUCACUUUCAAAUAUGUCGGGUAAAGAUUUAGAAAAUUGGAAGCAGAACAUGAUGCAACCAGAACCUCCUCCGACCACAGUAAACAUAGAAGAACCAAUCCUGACAGUUGCAAGUAGUUUGACAAGCAGCACUAGCGUAACAAUAGGUUUCAAUGUUGAAGAGCAGAAAUUAGAAUGACUUGACUCUUAAAAGUGUUAUUUUUGUCUUUUAUUAUUGACGUUUAUCCAUAAAUCUAGCUUUUUAAUCAUAGAACGUUAUUUUACUAGAUUAGUAACAAAUAGAUAUUCUCCUUACACAUAGUAUUCAAAAGUUGUUGCUUUAUAUUUAAAUACAACACACUAGCAAAAUAGUUUGAAGCGAGAACACUAAUAAACUGAAAUUUAUAUUACGCGAUCAAUUAGAAAUAAAUUUCUACAUUUCAUUUGUAAACAUACAAAAUUACAUUUCUAUGUUACUUUUUCUUCAUAGUUUUCGAAGAUACUACAAAUAUUUUAAAUGAAUUUAAUAUCUUGAAAACAUAAGUAUUAUACCGAUAACUUUAUUUAGUAUGUAUCCCCAUAGCAUACAGAUGUACAUAUUCUUUUACCUUUUGUUUAUUGAUGAAGAAUAUGAGCUUUUCUUUGUGAUUUAAAAAAUGAAUAAGAAUUGCUUAUUGAUGGAUAAUAUUAAAACUGACCCAAUAGUGUUAACAUUCCACUUUUUGGUUCUUCAAGUUUGUACUUAUCACUUUGUAGUAGAUUAUUUUUAAAUUUAUGCUUGUAUGUAU